AUGUUGAGCACUGAAUCGGAGGACGAAAAAUUGCAACGGCAUCGCAAGUUGUUCCUAUCCAUAGACAAUGGCAAGUCGGGCCAAAUCUCGCUAAAGUCUUUCAGAGAGUCGCUAAAAUCGCAGAACCAUCCUCUAAAGGACUCUCAGUAUGCCAUUGGCGAGCUGUUCCAGAGUCUUGAUACAGACGGUGAUCAUCUGGUGGACUUUGACAAUUUCAGGCGGUAUGUACUGCAGGCAGAACAGCAGAUCGAGGCCGGAUUCCGUGUUUUAGACAAGGAUGAGGACGGGAAGAUACUCAAAUCUGAUGUUGAAAAGUAUUUAAAGACAACUUUGGGCGUAGAUCCGGCACCUGAAGAAGUUGACGUGUUUUUUGAAAGUUUGGACAACGGCCAUCGCGGAUAUGUCUCCUACGAAGAGUUCAGAGAUACGCUACUGCUUAUGCCCCGGCUUCAGGGUUCCCGCAUUAAGACGGCUUUUCGGUUCUUCAACGAUGAAUUGGAAAAUUUGUCAAGUGAGGGUGAUGUGACUGUUGGUGAUGAUAUUCUGAAUAGCGUUGGCUACUUCCUUGCUGGAGGACUGAGUGGGGUAGUUUCGCGGACGUGCACGGCGCCGUUCGACAGAGUCAAGGUUUUUCUCAUCGCAAGAACAGAUCUGACUUCAACGUUUUUGCAUUCGAAGGAAGAGAUCAGACACAUAAUAGAGGAGCAAAAGCACCAGGAGCUUGCUGAGUCCAAGAUCAAGUCUCCCAUCAUAAAAGCGGCGCGCAGUCUGUACAGACAAGGCGGACUCAAGGCUUUCUACGUGGGAAAUGGAUUGAACGUGAUCAAAGUUUUCCCCGAGAGUGCCAUCAAGUUCGGUUCGUUUGAAGCUGCUAAAAGGUUUAUGUGUAAGUUCGAAGGUGUGUCGGAUCCCAGUGAACUGAGCAGAUUGUCUACAUAUUCAGCUGGUGGUCUAGCGGGUGUGGUCGCCCAAAUGGCUGUUUACCCAAUCGACACGCUGAAGUUCCGUAUUCAAUGUGCACCGCUGGAGUCGCGGACGAAGGGAGGAAGACUUCUAUUCACCACAGCCAAAGACAUGUACAAAGAAGGUGGAAUUAGGUUAUUCUACCGCGGGCUGAUUGUUGGAAUAGGAGGCAUGUUUCCGUACGCUGCAUUAGACCUCGGAACUUUUACGACGAUAAAGAAAUACUACAUUCAAAGAGAGGCGGAGAGAAGGAAAUGCUCUGAGGACGACGUCAAACUGCCGAACUACCUGGUUCUUUCUAUGGGAGCAUUGAGUGGGUCUUUUGGUGCGACUGUGGUUUAUCCAAUUAACCUUUUGCGUACCAGAUUGCAAGCUCAAGGGACGUUCGCACAUCCAUACCGCUACGACGGUUUCUUUGACGUCGCAAGACAAACAAUAAAAAGAGAAGGCUUUCCAGGGCUCUUCAAAGGUUUGGUGCCCAACCUAGCCAAAGUUGCUCCAGCCGUCAGCAUCAGCUAUCUCGUUUACGAAAACCUCAAAGGUUUAUUUGGGCUUGAGGUCAAAUAG